GGUUGUGGAAAGUCGUCUGAGUUUCAUGGUGCACGACAUCAGUUAUAUUCUUAUCGAUGCAUGUCAGAUGGAGCUUUGCCGAAUGGAGAAAGGGCGAGCUACCUAUUAGAUACACAUGGCGUCUUUUCAACCCCUCAUUUAACCCCGCAUAUAGAGCUAGCUACUCGGACGUCCGACUAAACUUAUAGCAUGAUAAUAAAACACAAUACAAUCUUAUAAAACUUUCGAGGGAUUAUCUAUUCAGAUCGAAUCUUCCUGAAGCCCUCAAACUAUCAAGAACCAUAGAGAAAGGGUAACUGCCUAGGCAACUUAUUACAAUCGAUCAGUAAAAUCAUCAAUCACCAAAACCCCAUCAGAAUGUCUACCGAACAACGAGAAACCCUUCCAAAUGGUCUUCCAAAUCUUCAACGUCUCAUAACAACCACCGAUCCAAAUGGCAAAGCCAUUCUCGAAUCCAACAUAUCCCCCAAAUCUAUCUGGGAACCGAUCCAAGACAACAACAUGACCUUUUUUCUCGCGUACACUACUCAUCAAUUCCCAGCUUCCCUCUCUCAUGCCCCUUCAUCCCAAAACUCCACAUCCACUACACCCAUCGAUAUAGCUUCCUACGAAUCAGACCUCUCUACACCCCCUGGUCUCUGCAUCUCCACAGGAACCGUCGUUCGAUUUGUGGACUUUGCGCCUGGUUUCACAUGUCCAAUGCAUAAAACUGUGAGCUUGGAUUAUGGAGUUGUGCUGGAGGGAACAAUUGAAUUGUUGUUGGAUUCGGGAGAGAAGAAAAUUAUGCAGAGGGGUGAUGUCUGUGUACAGCGGGCGACCAAUCAUGCUUGGAGAAAUGCUUCGGAGGGGGACGGUUGGGCGAGAAUGAUGUUUGUGUUGACGGCUGUUGAGAAGGGUGUUGGACUUGAAGAGGCGGGGGUAGAUGUUAUCAAGGAGUUGAGGAAAAGUACUUGAAUAACACAGGCUAUAAUUGUCUCUAAUUUGGGAAUUUCUUGUAUUUCACUCGUGCAUGGAGACGAAAACUGCCCAGGCAAGGACGAGGCUAGUCCAACUUAUAUUACAUGACAGAUACAAUUGCAUGGAAUAAUCUGAGAUAUUGCAAAUCCA